GGGGCGACAGUCGCGCGCUCCCGUGUGAUCGCAACAGAAAACAAAGCUAUCCGUGCGCUUCCAUUACAGCUAGCGGGGCAAACCUAAACACACAUCUCUCUCUGCAUGCACACCCAAGAUGGGUUUGGAGCUCAUCUGAGGGACUUUGAAAGCGGGGCCUGUUGUGAAGGCAGCCAGCCAGCUGAAGACAGCGAAACGUUUCGGGUUUUUUCCCCCCGGACUGCUUUGGUUUCUUAGCCGCGGUUAGCAGCACGGCCACAAUCAUUGUCAUUUCUGCUGCGAGCUGCCGAAGGAAAACACAUCGCCAUGUUGUUAUCGGAGGGACUCAGUGAAUAAGGCGAAACCUUGAGCGUGUGGAGGAGAUAAUCUCGUCGUUUGAGCCGAACCCGAGUCCUCAGCUGCUGCCUGACUGACUGACUGACAUGGCGGAGCAGAGCUACUCCUGGGCGUACUCCCUUGUGGACUCCAGCCAGGUGUCAACCUUCCUCAUCUCCAUCCUCCUCAUCGUUUAUGGCAGCUUCAGGUCAUUAAACAUGGACUGUGAGAACCAGGAGAAGGAUAAAGAUGGAAACCCCACCAACACCGGCUCCUUCAACAAUACCAACUCUAACAACAGUAUUCAGACCAUAGACUCCACACAGGCGCUGUUUUUGCCCAUCGGAGCCUCCGUGUCUCUGCUCGUCAUGUUUUUCUUCUUCGACUCGGUUCAGGUGGUGUUCACCAUAUGCACUGCAGUUCUAGCCACCAUCGCGUUUGCAUUCCUCUUGCUGCCGAUGUGCCAGUAUCUGACCAAACCCUGCUCCCCACAGAACAAGAUCUCGUUCGGCUGCUGUGGCCGCUUCACGUUGGCGGAGCUGCUGUCGUUUUCUCUCUCUGUCAUGCUGGUUCUCAUCUGGGUGCUGACGGGCCACUGGCUGCUCAUGGACGCUCUUGCCAUGGGGCUCUGUGUGGCCAUGAUUGCAUUCGUGCGGCUGCCCAGUCUCAAGGUGUCGUGCCUGCUGCUGUCAGGCCUCCUCAUCUAUGAUGUGUUCUGGGUCUUCUUCUCCGCCUACAUCUUCAACAGCAACGUGAUGGUGAAGGUGGCCACGCAGCCCGCCGACAACCCCCUCGACGUGCUCUCACGCAAGCUGCACCUGGGACCCGGCAUGGGACGGGACGUCCCCCGCCUCUCUCUGCCAGGAAAGCUGGUGUUUCCGAGCUCCAGCGGCAGCCACUUCUCAAUGCUGGGCAUCGGUGAUAUCGUGAUGCCGGGCCUGCUGCUGUGCUUCGUGCUCCGAUACGACAACUAUAAGAAACAGGCCAACGGAGAAGUACCCGGUUCUGUCAACAUGUCCGGCCGCAUGCAGCGGGUUUCCUACUUCCACUGCACCCUCAUCGGUUACUUUGUUGGUCUGUUGACUGCAACCGUGGCGUCUCGUAUCCACCGCGCGGCCCAGCCUGCCCUCCUGUACCUGGUGCCCUUCACCCUGCUGCCUCUGCUCACCAUGGCCUAUCUGAAGGGCGACCUACGGCGCAUGUGGUCCGAGCCCUUCCACACCAAGGCCAGCAGCUCCCGCUUCCUGGAGGUAUGAUGCUGCUCUGACCAGCACAAGCACCCGCCAACACACCCACCCACCCACCGGAGAGAGAGAGAGAGAGAGAGGUCAGAAGAGAGGAACCGCACUCGUCUUCUCAUCGUCCCUCAUUCCCGUUGUCAUCUAGCCAGUGGAUGAACGGCUGUACGCAGACUUCACUGCCAGAUGGAUUCAUGCGCUCCUCACAUCUCCAAUCAUACAUGUGUUUCUUCCUCUACCUCUUUUCUUUCCCAACUCCAUUCCACUUUUAUCACGCCACCUUUCCCUCUCUAUCUCUCUCUUCCUUCUAUCCCAUCUUCCCUUUCCUGUUCCACCGGACUCAGCCACAUGUUACCGGAUCGCUCGCUGUCUGGACGUGAACCGGAGCUCCUUUGAGCUCCAAGUGUGUUUCCAUUUGUACCGUUUGGCACCCUUAUGGAUUUACAGACUGAGAUUUCUUUAUUAUUUCCUGCUCUAAACGAACUGUGGAUGAGGAACGUGGAUUCUGCCACAGCUUGGGAUGACCCUAUAAGGGACCAGCACACAGUAGAGGACAGCGUGGUUUUCCCCCUUCCUUCCUUCCCUCCUUCUCUCUUCCUCUUUCUGAUAAAACCCAACCCACAUCCCUCCCUCCCUUCCUCCCGCUCGCCUGUUUCCCUUUCUAACAACCCUUCCUUCGCAGAAACAUGUAUUUUAUUUAGAAAGAUUUUAUUCUUGGCAUAUACAGAGAUGAUGCAUUAUAAAUUGUGGGGCGUUCAGCUCUAUGUAUAUAUGUGUACACAUGUAUUAGGGGUUAUCAUGUCGAGGUGCAAGUGUGCGUGAGAUCGUGUGCGAACAAGAGCGAAGAUGCAUUUAAAUAGGAACCGGUUUUCAUUUCGUUACUUUCCGAUCUCAAAACGCACAGAUGGGGAAGUGUUUUUAAUCUCUUUCCUUUUGCCCUCAUGAAUUGGUCUGCAUAGGUCACUCUUUUGCCCCUUCCGUAAAACUCUCAAUGGGCCGUUCAGCUCGGCCAAUGAAGACAAGGUUGUGUGAAUGUGUGGCGUUGCCUCCACAGGCUCUGGACGGACUGCUGAAGAUGAGCUCUGUCGUGUUAACAGGGAAGUGGGUAAGGAUUGUACUAAGUUCAGUUAUUUAAACAAAUAUGAAUUUUCCGCUAGUAUUUCAAGCAUUAGCAUUUUUUUUUCUUAAAGUCAUUCCUUCAACCCAGUUGGCUCUGAAAUGAUGAAACUGGAAUUGAGUGUGUGUGUGUGUGUGUGUGUAGAAAAUAAUGCAUUUUGCUGCCUCAAUCUGUUGAGGUUUGCUUUUUCUUUUUUCUUUUCUUUUUUUUUACCUGUUGUUACCUGUUUUUUAAUCUGUUAGUCGUCUGGCCUUGCAUGUCAAUUGUACAGCGUGUCGUUCUUCAAAGCUGCAUUUGCAGGGCACUGCGCUAGUGCGACACUCUGAAACUGAGACGCUGACACGGGGUCGAGGACGAAGGGUCGCACAAGUGAGGUUAUAAAACGGAGAGUAGGCAACGAGGCCGGACCGCUGUGACCCCCGCGGCCGGCCUGGACCUCGCGUUGUCUGAAUAUUCAGUAUGAACGUUCGCUUGGCAGUGGGACACGGUUAACCUGAGCAUCAUGGACAUCGUUUUACCCCAAAACCACCUCACUGUCCCUCUGCCACCCUUACAGACAUAACAAAAAAAGAACAAUAUAAAUGACGAUCAUGAAGACUGCAUUGAAAGUAAGCUCAAAUGCUGAUUUUGUUUUUUUGUUUUUUUUUUUAUGAAAGAGUGCUUUGUUUUUUUUUUUGUUCAUUAUUUGUAUUUUUUUCUCCACUUUCCCCCUAAUGCUGUGGAUUUUCGUUUUGUUCUUCAAUGUUUUUUUUUCCUCCAUCGUCCUCCCUGCCUACAGAGGGCUAUCAACAUUAACAGCCAAAAGGAUUCUGUAUAAAAAAUGAUUAAAAAAAAAGAGAAAAGAUUUGAAAUAAAUAAAUUAAAGUGUAGUGAAAUGUGGAUCCAAAUGAGCUGUACUGAAAACAUUUCAGCUCUCUUAACCUCCCCUUUGUUCUCUGUCAGGAUUCUGCUGUAAAUAAACAUGACUCUAACUGUA